AUGGCCACCGCUGCCACCCAUCACCAUCGCUCGACCACGACACCUUCGAGCCAGAGCAAAUACGGGUAUCCGCUCAACUUUGACUGGAAACAUCCGUGGCCACGGGCGCCCACGCCUUUGAACGAAGACGCGCGUCUCGCUGAGCUCGCGCGCUACCGCAUCCUCGAGUCGGAGCCUGACGAGAAGUUUGACAAACUCUGUCGCAUCGCGUGCAAGGAGAUGAAGUGUCCCAUCGCUGCUGUGAGCUUCAUUGACAAGCAGAAGCAGUGGUUCAAGGCCAAUAGCGGCCUCACGCAGCGCCAGAUCCCGCGCGACGUCGCGCUCUGUGCCCACACGAUCAUGCACGCCAAGCGCGCGCUUGUGGUCGAAGACACGUCGCUCGACGAGCGGUUCCAGCACAACCCGCUCGUCACGCGCGCUUCGGCCGUGCGGUUCUACGCGGGUGUACCCAUUACUACGCCCAGUGGCUUUUGCAUUGGCUCGGUCUUUGUCUUUGACGUCAAGGGCCAUCACAAUGUCGAUGCGAAGAUCUUGCACAAAAUCGCGGCCAAGGUGCUCAAGUAUAUGGACGAGCGGCUGAAGCUGUUGAAAGGAGCGACGUCGGACGACGACGACGACAACCUCAAUCACAACAUCAACGUCAACAACAACGCGGCGACGCUUGCGUCAUCCACGUCCCUGUCGUCGUCCUCUUCCCUGUCUUUGUCCCACACAGACGGGCCAUCGUCGGUGAAACGGAAACUUGUCUCACCGCCCCUGUCGCAGAAACACAGCACAGAACACCAGCCCGCGGGAGAGACGGCGAUGCGGGAGCAGCAGCCCCUGUCGCCCACGCUGGUGAAACCCGAACCCGCGGCCGAACCCGUGCCGGAUGUGGAGACCACUAGCAGCGCGAUCGUGCAGGCUGCACAAGCUACUGCUACAGCUUCGAGCACGGCCAUUGAGGCCCAGACUCAGGGGCAGCAGGGUGGACUGGGCAAUAUGGGCUCGAUGCUCAUGAACUUGCUGGCCCGCACGACGGAGACCCAGCAGCAGCUUGCGGCCCAGCAGGGCGUGAUGUUUGAGACACUGGGUGAGCACUCGAACCAACUGGACCAGCUGGGCCAGUCCAUGAGCAAUUUGGAGAAGCGCUUUGAACAGGUGCGACUCAAGAAGGAGCAGCAGCGAAAUGCCGCGACUGGCACUCGUCGGUCGAAACGGGUGUAA